UUUGGUGGAUGUGAUCUUAUGGGAUAAAUAUUCUGUGCAACUGAUGACAUUUCUUGCUGAGCGGAAAGAUAGAGGGUCAGUUAUUUUGAUACUAACUCACGCUCAAUGCAAGCUUGCAGAUAAUGGUAAGCCAAAUCUUUGCAACAAUUGGUCGGGUUCUAAGUUGCUUAUUAAUUUGAAGCAUCCAGUUGUUGAGGCAUUUAGAGCUAGUCUUCAAGCUCAGGGCCAUAGGUUUGAUCAGAGCUUAUGUCAGGUUUCAUCCUCUUCUCAACGUGUCAACUAUGAUGAGUUUUCGAAUCUCUCUGGUGUUAAAUCUAUUGCUGAGUUUAGAGAUUUCGAUAAGGAUACCUAUUGUAUUACUGUUGCGAAGUCACUUAAGUUCAAUCCUAAUCGAUAUGGAUGGUAUUAUGAAACCUGCACUAAGUGUACCAAAGCUUCAAGGUCGGGUGGUGCGAGUUACAAAUGCUCAUGUGGGGAGGAAGUUGAGGUUCCGCUGACUAGGUAUAAGGUCGUUGUGAUAAUGGAGUAUCGUGAUCAUAAGGCUGAAUUUUUAUUUUGGGACAAGGAAUGUUUUCAAAUUCUUGGAGUUGCUGCUGAUACUCUUAGAAAGACAAUGCAACAGGUUGGUGAGGAUGAUCCUCAUAUAUAUCCUGAAGUUCUAGACAAGUUGCUUAAGAUUGAAUUUGCAUUGCGUGUAAAGUAUCAGCUGUAUUAUCAUCAGGCAUCUGUAAAUGCGUUUUCACGUGAUGAAAUUGUUAUUAAGAAUAUUAAGGCUCGUCUUCAUCCUGAUGAGAUACGGCCAGAGGUGCAGAAGGUUAAUGAGAGUAUUGUUCGUAAUAAUACAACCCUUCCAUCUGAUCCUGAAAAAAUCAGUGGUCCUGGUGAAUGUUCGAGAGUUAUUCCUCUUCCUCAAACAGUGAAAGUUGAGAAUAUUGUUUCUUCUGCUGAAUGUUUGAAUUCAGAUCCCACUAUUACGGUUGGAAGCUGUGGUGUUGCGAAUUGUUUGUCUGCUGGGAAAUGUAAAUGUCAUCCAGCCAAACGCAUGAAGAAGGAGUGAUCCGUUUUAUGUUUGGCUUUCUUUUUGAAGAAUUGCCACUGUAUUUUGCAAAGUAGUGUAAUCCAUGGUCUAUAAUGGUUUUAAGUUUCGUUGGGUGGCUGAUCAUCAUGCAACAUAUGUGGGUUUUUUGGUGCUUUGUAAUAUAUUAAGUCUCAACUUGCUGCAGCUGAUCCAUGCUCUAUAAUGGUUUUAAGUUUCGUCAAGUGGCUGAUUAUUAUGUAACAUAUGUGGGUUUUUUGGUGGUUUGUAAUAUAUUAAGUCCCAACUUGCUACAGCUGACUUUCUAUGAUUCAAUAAGUUGCAUGUG